UCAAUAGUAACCAUUUGGAGGGCUUUGCGUUUGUUCAAGCCCUCGGUUCUUCGCUUCUUUCUCAUCUAAUUCAUUAAUAAGUGCCAACAAAAAAAUUAUCGGUGGCUGUGCCACAGAGCCGCCACGGUCAUCAGAGAGUUUUGAGUUCGAAUGGAAUGGCUGAUGUUCAGGGCCCGUCACGACAAGUACUCAGUCAACUGCCAUGAUUGUGGGAUCUCCGCAGUUCAGCCGGCCUGAAUUACAGGGCUUUCCAAAAAUGCAAUAUGAGAUUGGUAGCUUCUUUUGGAUCCUGGCAAAUCUGGUACUUUAUAGUCGUCGGUCACUUCUUCGAGUCCCGACAACGGCACCUCAUCUUCUUGAAGUGCUUCUAUUAUUUAUAACCUCGAGCAGUAUCUUUUGCGACGGUAACAAUUCACAUGGUGUGAUUGAUAAUAUACUUCGCGUCCCUUUGUGCCGUUCAGCUGUCUGCACUAAAGUAUGCAAUAACACAAUGAAGAUAAGCCCGUCUGCGUUCCUGGCAUUCUUGCGUCAAACUAGCAGUGUUGGUACGAGUUCAAGUCCAGUGAUGGUUUUGUGGGCUUUGCUCGCUUUGGUGUAUAAGCAUUUCAGUAUGAUCCCGUCAAGGAGAUGGAUUUGGUCGUCACUAAUCCUCAUCGAGAAAAAAAUGGAAUGAAAAAAAAGAAGAGAACAGGUAGGAUGGUCCUCCCACAAAAGGCUGUAUAUGGGU